UUUGGAUAUCCAGAGAAAUAUCCGGAGUGUCUGGUUUACUCCGUAUAUUAACCAAUGUAAAACCAAAACAAUCUUCAGUGUGAGUACACUUUAUACUCAACUGCUCCAGUGCGCCAAGACAAGACCUCAGCCAAGACAAGACCUCAGCUCCUAUUGGAAGAUUUAUAUACAAGACAGAGAGAGUGCUCCACACAAGACAAGACAGAGAGAGUGCUCCACUGAUCCAGCAUCCCUAAUUACACUGACGGAUAUUGCUGACAUGGCGCUUCCUAUACAACUAGCGGCAGGUCACAGUGGGAUGAUGGACUACAGUCAGCUACCCCCUGGGAUGGGCGGACUAACCUCCCACCAGGGGUUGGGUGGACUGACCCCCCACCCUGGUAUGGGAAUGGGACUGGCUGGUAUGUCCCCGGGACUGUCCCCUAUGAGUCAAGGUCCACCAAUGACUCCGAAUAGUGCCAGCAUUGAUACCUGCACUAGCAUCGUCCACUCUCUCAUGUGCCAUCGUCAGGGAGGGGAGAGUGAACAGUUUGCUAAGAGAGCUACAGAGUCUCUAGUAAAGAAGCUCAAGGAUAAACGUGACGAGUUAGAGAGCUUAGUGACGGCCAUCACCACAGGAGGUGCCAAACCAUCCAAGUGUGUGACUAUUCAGAGGACUCUGGAUGGACGCUUACAGGUGGCUGGGCGUAAGGGGUUUCCCCAUGUCAUCUAUGCCCGUAUAUGGCGUUGGCCUGACCUCCACAAGAAUGAGUUACGACAUGCUAAGUUCUGUCAGUAUGCGUUUGACCUCAAGUGUGACAGUGUGUGUGUCAACCCAUACCACUACGAGCGGGUUAUAUCUCAGGAGCGACCAGAAACAAGUUCAAAGGUCAUCAUAUCACAUGACAUGAGCACGGAUAUUGUGGGACCUCCCAUGGUGUUGGACGGUGGUCACCAUGGCGAUAACGGUGAUCGCGUGGAAGCCAUGCAACAAGAUUCUUUACCACCAGAUCCACCAGUUGCCGUGGAAACCAAUCUCAGCUAUAUGCCUACUGCGAGUGAACAAUACAUGGACCCUCAAGGUCACGUGUGGGGUCAGGCGGGGUCAGUUGCUCCCUACAACCCAAUGUCAGCUCAGAUGGCCAGUCCCAUGGUGGAUCAUCACGCUCAUUAUGGGUACGGUGCGUAUCAACAGCCCACACUGCCCACCCCCACACGACCAGCUCAGAGAAGCUUCCCACCACUGCCCAAACUACCAACUCCUGAUUUCUGGUGCACUAUCGGCUAUUUUGAGAUGGACACACAAGUUGGAGAGUUGUUUAAAGUUCCGUCUAGUUUAGCAAAUGUCACGGUGGACGGCUACGUUGACCCCUCUGGGGGGGACAGGUUUUGUUUAGGCCAAUUGUCGAAUGUUCACAGAACUGAAGCAAGUGAUAGGGCGAGACUGCAUAUUGGGAAAGGUGUGAUACUGGUUGAGAAGGGCGACGGUGAGGUGUGGAUACGCUGCAUGAGUGAACACAGUGUGUUUGUGCAGAGUUACUUCCUCGACCAUCAAGCAGGUCGUGCUCCAGGCGACGCUGUACACAAGAUAUACCCCAAGGCAUAUAUCAAGGUGUUUGACCUCCACCAGUGCUAUGAGGAGAUGCAGAGACAGGCCACUGAGUCUUGUGCUGCAGUAGCUGCUCAAACUGCAGCUGUGCGAGGUCAACUGAGCACUCCAGUCAACAUCAAGAUUGACCCUAACCUCGCUAAAGGUAUCGGAGUGGAUGAUCUUCGUCGGUUGUGUAUUCUACGCCUGAGCUUUGUGAAGGGGUGGGGCCCCGACUAUCGUAGGCAGAGCAUCAAAGAGACGCCAUGUUGGGUAGAGAUCACACUACACAGGGCAUUGCAGCUACUGGACAAUGUCCUCCACAAUAUGCCAUCAGAGCAACAGAUGCAGGAGGAGAUGGCUGCACAGUCCGUGAGCUCUAUUCCAGCCCCACAUCAUCUCAUGCAAUACCAGUACGAAUCUUAAAAGCUAGCUGUCACCAUAGCAACACUGUGAAAUGUUUUAUACUCAUGUUGUAUAUCGAACUCUGUAUAGAUAAUAUUUUUGCCCAACACUAUAAUCAUCUAUAUCUGUAACUGGUCACUUAUGGUAUACAGUGCCACAUCUAUUGUUUUGUAUCAUUGUAUUGGCUGAGUCAA